GGGUGGAGCCAAGAUUUUAUCUCCUACUUAACCAUCAUCAAGGAGGAAAUUAAUGUUUACAGCAGGAGACCAACAAAGAAAGUAUGGCUCUACUACUGAAAUUGCUGACUAUUUUCAUGCUUCAGGUUGGAGUUUCUCUUGCAGGCUUCGACUUCAAAUUUGACGUCCACUUCAAAAGAGUGGGGGAGGACAUCCUUUUAAACUGUCCUGUUGAUGAAUCCUCCGACCAAUGCUCCAAUACUAUCUGGGCAUACAUAAGACCCUCCAAUGAUGGGGAGAUAAAACGAAUGAUCUUUGGAGGAAAUGUUUACAACAGUUCAGUUAGAGAUUCCAGGCUGAGUUUGAGCAGUAACUGCUCUCUGCUCAUCACAAACAUCACUGAUGAAGAUGCUGGUCUUUACAUCUGUAGUCAUAGGAUGCCUAUGCUCCUUAAUACUUUGAGCAUUACUUCGUCUCCACCAGAUGUUAAUGGACAAGUGGAUUUGACAUGCUCUUUAAAGAAUUAUAAUCAACCUGGUCACUGCCAUCCAUACCCCAUCUGGAUGGAUGAGACAGGAUCUCAACUGUCUGGUAAAAAUCCUGAGUUUGAGGUUAAAAAACAAACAAACUGUGAUUCUGUUCUGACUGUGAAACAUCAGAGUGGAAACAACAAAAGAUUCACCUGCAAGUUUGUUGAAGAUGAAGAAGUGAAGAUAGAGGCUGACUACGUUCUAACAGAAUGAAGCACGGAGGAUGGUGAUGAAGACGCCCUGUGAAGAAGAGAGGCAGAAACUCCUUUAACAGAGAAAAAGUACAUAUCGGAGAAAAUUGUUCUAUUUUUUAACACUUUUGAUGUGUAUUCAUGCAGAUUCAUGAACUUUCUGGACUAACUUUUUUUAUGAAAUCAAACUAUUACUAAAAGUAUUUAUUAAUCAGGCAGUUAGUGAUCAGCUUAUUUUUAUCAUUCAUUUCGCGUAUUAAACAUGCUAAAUCUUUACGCUCAUUGCAAUCAAUUGUUAAUAUUUUAUGUUUUAGACGUUGACCCUCAAUUGAGGAAGGUGAGUUAGCAGGUGAGGCAGCAUGGCUGGUGUGUGAAUAAAACGUAGAUAAGAAGCAGUGAUAAAAA